AUGGCUCAAGAGGAGCAGCUAGAAGAGGAUGACUGGAGGAAGCUUGUGAAAGAAAAAAUAGGCAAAGGAAGCGACAUCAAAGAAUUGAAGGAUUAUGCGAUCAUCUUUGGGGAACUGUACAGACGCCUUCCGGGAGGUAUUUUGACCCGCUGCAUAGGGACAACAAGCACAGGAGAAGCUUCAAGAGGUACAUGA